UUCAUAACCCCGCUCUUCCCGCGUCUCACGCAGAUGCCCAAAGCGCCGUGAGCACAGAAGUCUCCAAACACCAGAAUUUUACUUACCGCACCGAACCCCAGUAGAUGACAGCAUAAAAUAGCCUAGUGUUAAUUAUAGUUAUUUACAUUAAUUCAUCAAUAUAGCAGUAUGGUUUUCUUUCCUACACCUUAGUUUGCUUUUCCAAGAGACCUCUUUGUGCAAACUCUUUUAUACUCUAUGUGCACGUCCCCGUGGUUACUGCACAUCCCCAGCCGGUGUUGGUGAUGCCAUGCCCCGCAACCACAGUGGCGAUGAAGCCAAUUCUGGGCUCUGGAUGAAAACCUCUCCAGGGCGUCGGGCUCAGAACUAUAGGUUGAAAGAUGUGGAGUCUGGACGGAGGAUGAUGAACAACGCUGUUCGAGUCGGAGACGGGAUGCUUUCGCCAGGCGCGGCAGGUGCAGGGGGCGCGGAGAGGAGAAAGGGCGCCCGGUUGAGUUUGCUCGGGAAGCCGCUCAUCUACAGCGCGCAGAGCGGGCGCAGAAACGCGCACUACCGUCGUCUCCAGAAUUACCUCUAUAAUGUACUGGAGAGACCCAGGGCAUGGGCGUUCAUCUACCACGCCUUCGUGUUCAUCUUGGUGUUUGGCUGUCUGGUCCUGUCAGUGUUCUCCACAAUCCCUGCCCAUCAGGACCUGUCCAACCACUUUCUGCUCAUCCUGGAGUUUGUGAUGAUCGUGGUGUUUGGGCUGGAGUACAUCAUCAGGAUAUGGAGCGCAGGCUGCUGCAGUCGCUACAGGGGCUGGCAGGGACGCCUCCGCUUUUCCAGGAAACCCUUCUGUGUUAUAGACAUCAUUGUACUCAUAGCUUCCAUUGCUGUGGUGUCAGCGGGUAGCCAAGGUAACAUCUUUGCCACCUCAGCAUUGAGGAGCCUUCGCUUCCUGCAGAUCCUGCGAAUGGUGCGCAUGGACCGCAGAGGGGGCACCUGGAAACUACUGGGAUCUGUUGUCUACGCGCACAGUAAGGAGUUGGUGACAGCUUGGUACAUUGGGUUCCUGGUGCUUAUCUUCUCUUCGUUCCUGGUCUAUCUUGUGGAGAAGGAGUUCAACAAAGACUUUGCCACCUAUGCUGAUGCUCUGUGGUGGGGCACAAUCACUCUGACAACCAUCGGCUACGGAGACAAGACUCCUCAGACGUGGACGGGUCGACUGAUCUCAGCUGGCUUUGCUCUGAUGGGGAUCUCCUUCUUCGCCCUGCCUGCCGGUAUCCUGGGCUCAGGCUUUGCCCUGAAGGUACAGGAGCAGCACAGACAAAAACACUUUGAGAAGAGGAGGAACCCAGCAGCCAGCCUCAUCCAGUGUGUCUGGCGUAGUUAUGCUGCUGAUGAGAACUCGGUUUCCAUAGCUACCUGGAAGCCUCAUUUGAAGGCGUUGCAUACCUGCAGUCCUGCAAAGAAAGAACAGGGUGAGACGAUUAGCAGUACUAAGUUGAGCUUUAAGGAGCGGGUACGUAUGGCAAGCCCACGCGGCCAGAGCAUGAAGAGCCGCCAGACGUCCAUCAACAACGAUCGGCGCUGUUCCCCGGGCAACAAUGUGGCGGGCGCUGAGACGCGCAGCAGCCCUGCCAAGGUGCAGAAGAGCUGGAGCUUCAAUGACCGCACCCGCUUUAGACCCUCCUUACGCCUUAAGAGCCAAUCACGCACCUCGCCAUCUGAAGUGGACACAGGAAUGGGGAAUGAUGACACGUUCGACGACAGGGGCUGCCACUGUGAUGUCACCAUGGAGGACAUAACAGCUGCACAGAAGGCUGUCAUCAGAGCCGUCAGGAUCAUGAAGUUUCAUGUAGCAAAGAAGAAGUUUAAGGAGACUCUGCGUCCAUACGAUGUGAAGGAUGUGAUAGAGCAGUACUCUGCAGGACACCUGGAUAUGCUCUGCAGAAUCAAGAGUCUACAAACUAGGGUGGAUCAGAUACUGGGUAAGGGCCAGAUCCCCAUGGACAAAAAGAUCAGGGACAAGCUUCACCCUGAUGGGGACACACUGGAGGACAUGAGUAUGCUGGGACGUGUGUGUAAAGUGGAGAGACAGGUGACGUCCAUAGAGUCAAAGCUGGACUCUCUGCUAGAUGUGUACAGGCAGGGCUCGUCUGCCCUCACCCUCUCCUCCCUGCCCCUUUUCGAGCUGGAGCACCAGACAUCCGACUACCAGAGCUCCAUCCUCAGCAAGGACCUGCCCUCUGGCCCCCACCUGGGAGGGGAGUGUGUAAGAGGGCAUCCAGGUGAGGGGGGUGGGGGUAUGUCCCGGUCAACAACAGGUGACCAUCUCUCCAGGGGCCUCCAGCUCAUACUGGCCCCCAGCGAGCUCACCCUCAACACCUGCCCCCCCCCCUACCCUGCCUCCACCGCAUCCCCCACACCCAUGCCCUUCCUGCUCCCUGAUAGCCCAUACCCGCUCCUCGCCACCCCCAGUAGUUUCCCCAGGCGAGUGCAUUUCCCUAAACUCCUGCCCCCUCCACCAUCUGCUGGUGCCGCCACCCUCCAGCUGCCCACCACUGGCCCCCAGCACAGACGCCCCCUCUGCCCCACCCCAGAUGCUCCUCGAAGGGGUAGGCUGGAGGAGAGCUCAGGCCCCUCUGUGAUGGUGGGCUCCAGUGUGGACGAUGGAGAGGAGGACAGAGAGGGGGAACAUGCCCAGAGCAGGGUGCAGCUGAGGGGGAAGCCCCACUUGAGGGAAGAGGGCCCCUGGAGGAGGCACUUGAGCCUGGAGGUGGACCCCUUGCUGCUGCUCUCCUCUGGAUGUGAGGGGGUACCCUCUGAGCAGGGACAGGGGCUGGGGAAGUCCUGGUCAGCACACAACCUUACCCAGCCAUCUGCAGACAACCCCCCCAACCUGUCCUCUCCCCUCGGCAACAGUAGCAGUUCCAGAGAUGGCUCCCAAGGCAACCCCGACGUUAGCAACUGGCGUGAAACAGACCUUUUCAUCACUGUCUGUGACCUGGAGCCGCAGUUUGAUUUCCUGUCCCAGGAGAGUGGCUUCCUGUCCCAUCCCACAGCAGACGGUACUGGCUGCUUGGACCUCUUGCUUUCUGAAGAUGGGGGGUCCUCAAGCAGUUUGACAGGACCCCACAUCCCCACAAUGGACAGUGCAGAGUCCCUCAACCAGCCUCCCCAUGUACGACUAAAAUAACUAUUCCAUAGGAGUGAAUAAAAUAACCCCUUCCCCCCAACACACACAUUACUAAUACGACCAUCCAGCAUAGAGGAUUCACUCUGUUUUUAAGAUGUUUGAGGUGUCAACAAAAGAUGUCCUCUCAUGCAUAUCAUUGCAUGGACUAUUUCCUAAAACAGCAACAAGCUGAGAAACUAACAGGGGAAGGGGAGAUGGGGGAGGAAGAUUGAACAAAAGAGAGGUUGGUCAGAUAGUGGUACUGUUUGCUCUCUCGACUAUGCAUGACCACCGCAUGUCUAAACUGCACUUUAGGGUCGAGAGCAUUCAAGCCCCCGAGCCCCUUCGAUAGCCUUGGAACCACAGUUAUGAUGGCUGAGUCCAACCUCAUAAGCCCACAGCUCACCUGUUUUUACCUGCAUGUUCCAUUCAUGUAUCUUCCAAACCCUUGAGAGGCAAUUUGGAGCUGUCAGCUAUUAUUACCCAAGUAUUCCUAACAAGCUCACCAUUUAAUAAUAGAUAAUACAAUAAUUAAUUUGAUAUUAACAUAAGAAGAUAAACCUUUUGAAGUAAAUUUGUCAAUUAUUUUCCUAAUAAAUUGUACAAUCUUGUGAGGCCAUUUGAUUUUGAACAAAUCCAAUUUGCUGAUUGCGUGCUCCAGUAGGAUUCAUUGUUUUGGACUUUUAAAGGCAUUUAGUGAAAGACAAACAGCAGCCAAAUAAGAUCAGUUAUGACUGUGAUACAGUAGAUAGUGAAACAAGGCUGUGGUACACUGCAGUUGUCGGUCACAAUAUACACUACAGAAUGCAGGGUUUCUUGUCUUACAGCUCAUGUGUACCACUGCCUUGUGGUACACAGGCAGCAGCACUGUUUGACUGCCACUCAGCCUGAACACAGAUGCCUGCUCUUGAAUGAGAAUAUGCACAAAACUGUGUCAGCCAUUUUGAUUUCCUCUAUUUUGCACCUUUUUGUUCUUGAAGAAGAGACAGACACAACGGUCUUAAAUGUCUUCUGUGGAGUUAACGAUGAAAGCUUACAUUCAACACAUUUGUUUUUAUGGUGCAUAAGUGCACUUGGCUUAGCUGAUUAACAAUUACACUGUAGAAUGCAAUAUGUACAGAUGAAUGCCAAAAUACAGAAAACACUUGAGUAAAUUAGGGAUUCAAAGUACAUUGAAAGCAGGCUAUUUCACACAGGUGUGUUUCCUGAGUUAAUUAACAUCCCAUCAUGCAUAGGGUCAUGUAUAAAAAUGUCCAGUUGCCCAUUAUUUUGGCUACCAUGGCUAGAAGAUCUCAGUGACUUUGAAAGAGGGGUCUCAAAGUAGCAGAAGGGGUUUAUUACAGGGUGUGUGUGUUUGUGCGCAUAUUAAAAAAUACUAUAGUAUACUCUGGUAUAAAUACUAUAGUAUUUACUGUAGUGUUUUUGCAGACUUUACUGUAGUAUUUACUGUUAACUAUAGCGUAAAAACUGUAGUAAAAGGAGAACUUUAGUAUAUACUAUAGUAAUUAAUGUAGUGUUUUUUGCGGAUUGUAAUAUACUGUAGUAUUUACUGUAGUGUUUUUGCUGACAUUACUGUAGUCUUUACUAUAGUGUUAUUGUAUUAUAAUCUUUGACAUAGAAGUGAAGGCUUUCUCCUUCAAGAAACCUUCUGGAGAACUAAUAAAAGAGCACAUUUAGCAUAACCUGUAGGACUGGGGUCUGAACGGAUAGUUCAGAGCUUCUGCUCUUUUCCAUAACCUGUAAGGAACACAAUAUAUGGUCUAUACUUGGCAUGUAGGUUUCUCACUUAUGGGUGGCACAAAUUGCGAUAUUGAGUAGGGAAUGGUCAGGGUAUAUACAAAGGAAAUACUGUAGUAUUUACUAUAGUUUACUGUAGUAUUUGUGUAGUAUUUACAAAAAAAAAUGUUGGGAUAAUACUGUAGUAUUUACUAUAGUAUUCUACAGUAUACUACAACAUUCUAUAGUAAGUACUACACAUGAUCGAGGGAUACUACAUUGUGUAAUAUAAUAUUCUACAUUUUACUAUAUCAUUAUUUUCUAUAGUAAGUACUGUAGUAUUCUAUAGUAAACUGUAGUAUAUUUUCAUGUGUGUGUGUCUCUCUCAAUCAACAGAUCUCAACCCAAUUAACCCUUAUGGGAGAUUCUGAAACGCGACGCCUGAGACAGCGUUUUCUACCACCAUCAACAAAACACCAAAUUAUAGAGUUCCAGACAUUAGAAUCUAUUCCAAGGCACAUUGAAGCUGUUCUGGUGGCUUGUGGUGGCCCAAUGCCCUAUUAAGACACUUUAUGUUGGUGUUUCCUUUAUUUUGGCAGUUACCUGUAUAUAAUUUAUGUUAAUACAGUAUGUGACCUGCAAAAUCUACAUAGCUGUGUGUUAAAAUGGGAUAUUAUAUGACUAUGGCUGCAGUGUUUGAGCGGAGUUGGUACGAUAAAUGCGCAACUGAAAGCACAAUCGUUUGGAGACUUUGGAACCUGCAUAUGUAACUGGUUGUUUUAUGCUCUGUAAUGAAAUGUUUUCCAGAUACAUAAUCAUGUGACAGACAGGAGGUACUUGUAGAGGUCAGCUCCAUUGGAAGAAGGCUGAGUAUCGAAUCCACUUAGUUAACUAUAGAGUAUGGAGUCUUCCAUUGAAGAAAUGUCAUGCUUGGUCUGCAGACUGAAGUUAUAUCAAAUUUACUGGUUAAUUAAUGGUUAAUUUCCCUUAGUUUAUUCUGUAAAUGCUUAACAGUGCCUUUCUUGCAUUUUAAUAUGAUUAUAGUUAUUUUUUCUCCACUGGGCUGCAUAUGUAGCUACAGUGCCUAGCUACGUAGAAUAACUCAUACAGGUGUAAGCUCAGUUUCUGAAACUUGGAUAACACACUUUUAAUGGCUGCAAAUCUACUACAGUACAUCUUCUAUAUCACUUGUACUGUCAUUUAUUAUCCAAAACAGGCCUAAAAGGGCAAUUCAACCACUUUUCAACCUUAUUUUCAUUAUCUCCAGCACAAUUACAGUGUCUUCAUAUAUGAAAACGGCGCAUUUCUAGAAAAAAAUAUAUGAAGUAAAAAAGUAUGCGAACAUCAAAAAUAAACAUUUAUUUAACAGUGAUUCCCUAACACUAUGAGACUCGCGGUGAUGUGGGGAGCAAGAAAAUACCCUCCCUCUGGCUAGAAACUCAUUGCAGGUUUUGAUUUUUUUUGUUGAAAAAUCACAGUUUUGUUUACUUUUAAUCCUACCCUGUUUUAAGGACUUUUCUUAUUAUCUUUUUAACCACAGAUCAUAGAAACGGCCUGUUUUCACAUACACUGAGGGAGUUUCUCAAUAUGCAUACUACCUUGCUCCACACUCUCAUGCUCUGAGUGCAUUCUCCAAUGCUUUCUCUUGAGUAUGUUCUUGUGAGGACGAGCGUGUGGAGAAUGCAUAAAACAUUACGUUUGAGAAGCACUCACACUUCCCCCUACUGUAUUACCUCACGCUUCACUUCCCCAUUCCCUGAACCUUCAUCCAGCCAGGACAAUGGCAAGAAUAGACUAAACAAAAAAUGACCUAAAAUUUAUAUUAUGCAAGAUAUAUGUCAAUUCUUCAUGGGUAGCUAGCUAACUAUUCUUCAUGGCUAUCUGGCUAGCUAAAAGUAGUAGCUAGCCAGAUAGCCCUAUUGACUUAUUAUGGGCUUGCGAUCUACGGUACAUAGGCAGGUAAACAUUAACACAGCGUGUAUUUAUUAACAUAUCAAGAUAAAAUAUUGUAGUCAGGCAACAUAUGAGAUGUGAAGAGACAUUUCAUUCCGAAGUCAGUGUAUUUUCUCUCGCUUCAGCUUAAAUAAUGGCCGUCAUUUUUUACGUGGCUGCGUCAUAUUUCUUUGCAUACUUUCAAUUAUUUCAAUUGAAGCUUGCAUUGAUGCAUGCUUCAAAAUAUGUACUAUUAUACAAUGGGUGGGUCUAAUCCUGGAUGCUGAUUGGUUAAAACCACAUUCCAGCCGGCAUCUAUUCCACAAGUUACCACCGGCUAACUCUAUGACUUUGAAAUAUCUAUUUACUCUCACUGCGCAAUCCACUGUCUCAUCAACCCAGCCAGGCAAUUUAUAAACUUGAUCUCUACUAUAAAAAGCAUCUAGACAUUAUCUCCCAUUUCUUUUAGACUAUCAUUUGGUUUUCAACAGCAGAGAUUUGUAUAAACCGUGCAGUCUGUCUGCCCCGACAUUUGCAAUAUUGUUUCAAUAUUGAAAUUUAUCUCCAGCUGUCCCGUAGUAAUGAACAUAUCGGGACCAGACAGACAGGCAGAUUUUCUUAGCCAGUCGAAAUCAUGAAUCAGCUGGUAUCAUUUUUAUGAAUAUAUACAAAGAAAUGUCAACAGAAAACAGGACAAACUAAAUGAAGUUGAAGAGCAGCUAGUUUGCAGUCUUUCUAGCUUCAGACUGAAGUGAUUGUGUUAGCUGUAUUGUUGGCUAGCUCCUAUGAUCAACAAUGUCCUAACGAGAGAGCACAUUUUCUAUGUCAGGCGAAAUCGCGCAUCAUUAGCUCAUUGUUAUGGAUGUAUCUAAAUAAAUGUCACUAGAAAACAGUUUAAACAAAUAACAGCAAAUGAGCCACUUUGCUGUUAUUCUGGCUGUAGUUAGCCGUAGUUGGCUAGCUAUCAAACAAGGAAUAAGAACGUUUCCAGCCAGUACGGCAAUGGAACAUUUAGAACUAACUACAGAGUUGCGUCCAUGGAUGCAGAACAAAAAGAUAUAACGACUGGGUCGCGUCUCUGGCAACCGAACCAAUAAAUCGAACGACCAGCCGGCUUGUGUAGUAACCUUAGAUUUGUGUCGGGACUAUAUCUCGUGGAAGAAUGAAAUAAUAUGAAUUCAUUUAUCAAAAUAAUGUUUUUUAUGACAAUAUGUCAAUCAUUAUUUGAAUAUGUUGGUAACUCCUUGUAUAAAAGUGAUAAUUCCCUUGAAGCCGGAGAAGACAGGAUAAUUGUAAAGAAUGAUUUUUAAACCUUCAGACAAUUAAGACAUGGAUUGUGUAUGUGUGCCAUUCAGAGGGUGAAUCGGCAAGACAAAAGAUUUAAGUGCCUUUGAACGGGGUAUGGUAGUAAGUGCCAAGCGCACCAAUUUGAGUGUGCCAAUAACUGCAAUGUGGCAAGGUUUUUCACACUCAACAGUUUCCCAUGUGUAUCAAGAAUGGUCCACCACCCAAUAGACAUCCAGCCAACUUGACACAACUGUGGGAAGCAUUGGAGUCAACAUAGGCCAGCAUCCUUGUGGAAUGCUUUCGACACGGUGUAGAGUCCAUGCCCCUACCAAUUGAGGCUGUUCUGAAGACAAAGGGGGGUGGAACUCAAUAUUAGGAAGGUGUUUCUAAUGUUUUGUACACUCAGUGUAUGUAGAUACUGUUUUGGUGCUGGAGAUAAUGAAUACAGCAGAAUUGCCCUUGAAAAUACAUGGUUGAUAAUGUUAACAUUCCUAAUUCUUUCAAAUUAAUGUAUUAAAGUGCACAUAACAGAGGUUACAAGAUCUCUGUGGAGGAGAAAUACAAAAUGAAUUGUAAUAUUAUACAUCAAUAAACUACAAACAUGAAAGUA